CAGUCCAAUUGUCUCAAGAAUAGGUGUUGAUUGUCGUGGUUUUGCAGUGUCGUGUGACAAUGAAGUGGUACUCUGGAACCAUCAAUGAAGCUGUUGCUGCUUCAAAGUCAAGGAAAGCUGUUUUUGUCGUUUUCAUCGCAGGAAAGGAUGAUGCAUCAGUCGAAACUGCCCGCACCAUCGACGCCCCUGAGAUAUCAUCCCGCCUCGAGCAAGACAAUUUUGUCGCAAUCAGGUUAGAGAGCGAUACCGAUUCCUAUAGAUUCUUCGCGCAAAUUUACCAACUUGUACCGGUCCCUUCGCUGUUCUUCAUCGGGGACAACGGAAGUCCCUUGGAGGUGGUGGCUGGCAGCGUCAAUGUCCAAACCCUCCAGGAAAAAAUUGAUACAGUCCUGGUGAAAGCUGGGAAGAGAAAGAAUGAAGCCUCUAACGACUUCAUCAGGGGUGAACAAAGUGCAUCUGUGGAUCAAAGUGGCCAAGUGGCGAGCACUGGUGGAGCUGUCCCACCAUCGGCACAGACAAGUGAACCUGAAGCUUCAGGAGUCUCUGGGGAGGAGAAACCUGCCGCUAUAACGGUUGAAUUAUCUCCUGAGAAAAAACUUGAACGUGCUAAACGCUUGAUAGAAAUCCAGAAGCAGCAGAAAAUCGAGAAAGAACGUGAGGAGGAAAUCCGACGUGAGCUUGAACGCAGGAAAAUGGGAAAAGACAUGCAAACAGCCAGGCAGCGUCAGCAGGACCUGGAGAUUAAGCUGGCUCAGGAGGAGCGAGCGAAGGAGAAGGCAGCUGAGGCAGAGGCUAGGGAGAGGGUCAGGCGGCAGAUUGCUCAGGAUAAACUGGAGAGGAGGCAGAGGGAGCAAGCGUUACUCGAGCAACAAACCUCACAACAGGCUCAGGAAAAUUCGCAACAGGCUGCUGCUGUCCCCGCAGAUGGAGUUGUACGAAUUCAAUUCAGACUGCCCUCUGGCAGUCCUCACAUGGGCAAAUUCGAAGCAAUGAGCACACUCCGCGAUCUCCGUGCAUACGUUAGCAGUAACAUCGAUCUACCAUUCCGCAAUUUCUCAAUGUCGACGUCCUUUCCCAGGAGAGAUCUCAAUGCUGAGGAUGAUGAAAGAACACUAGUGGAUUUGCAGUUAGUUCCUACUGCCGUUAUCCUUAUUCUGCCACUCAAAAAUUCUACAACUACAAAAACAGUAGUAUCCCGAGAUGAGGGUGGUUUCCUCUCCCGCUUCAUGUGGACGGUCUUCUCCCCAAUAAUUUCUGUAUACAACUACGUACUCGGCUACUUCACUGGCCCACCAGCCCAAGGCCCCACCAGAGAGGAAAAUGACGAGCCGACUGCAGCUGGCGUUGCACCACGUGCUACACCCACUCGCCACCUGGGUCAACCAUCCGGUCUGUUUGGCAGGAAUUUGGGAGGACCCACCACCACAAUCAGAGCCAGGCAGAACGUCCACAGGCUGCACACUGAGGGUGAUGACAAUGAUGAGAAUAACACGUGGAAUGGAAACUCAACGCAGCUGAUGUAGAAAUUAAUUCUUAUUCUGACCGGAUCAGGUAAAAUAUGGGUAUGUAUACUGGGGGUUAAAAAUGACCCCAUCAUCAAUUCCCAGUACCCAUUUUUUCAUUUCCAUGACAUCCCAAAGUAGAGUGUUAGGACAUGGCCGCAAACACGCGGAAAAGAUACCGACGGACAUUUGAGAGCACAACAGGGACCUGUUGUUAGCGAGAAGGAGCGAAAUGUCGGUGCGCCCGGACGGUGUUGAAACAGUGGAGUUCCCCGCCUAUUAGAGCGCGUGACACGCAGCGCCCGGGGAACAUCACACUGAUUGAUGACGGUUUCCAUGCCAAUCAGGUGCGUCCAAUUAUCGAAUUUAGUUAUGUCGUCAAGCGUUUGAUGAAUUCAAGUGAUUUGUCAGGGUUUACUUUUCUCGGAGCUCAAAAUAUUUUCCAAGAAUUGAUUGAGGCCAUUUAAAAGCGGAACAGUUGUUGCUGGUCGGGAGAUAAUAGACCGCUCAUGUGAAAAAUCAUUCAUUAUGUGAAAUUAUGUUUUUGUUUCUUCUUUUUGUCCCCACGAUCGUUCUGCAACUAAAACUGUACCAUGCCGAAUGAAUAUCAUAAAUCUUCCGUAAAAACCAAUGAACAAAAAGUUUAUUAAGUAACCAGAUAUUUUAAUUGUGACACAUCUAUUGAGAUAAAUUACUGGCAGUUGUACUGAUUAAAUUACGAAGUAGAGUACAGGACUGUUAUCUUCAAUCAUCGUUCCAAACUUCUGGUGCGAAAUUUCCACAAACUGGAAAUCCGUCCGGUAUUGGGGGCAGAUCCCAAUCUUCGCCAACGUGAAAGGUCAGUUCCAUGCCAACCAAUUGGUGCGACUGGAAAUGGCAAUGAUACAGCCAGUAUCCUGGAAACAGACAUUUACUUUCCAAACAUUUGUGAACAAUCAUUUACCAGGAGGUUCAUUCCCAAAAACGUUUUCAUUUUCAAAUAAAAGUAAUUCUUCUCACACUUGUCUUCUGGCGGUUAAAAAGGGAAAAUCGAAUGAUUAUGACAAAUAGUAUCGGUUGAUGGAACUGGAAUUAUGUCGAAAUUUCUCUCUCUGCAUGAGUUUACAAAUUAUUACCCGGAUUAUCCGCGAAGAAUCUGACGAUGGUGUAUCCUCCAGCGGCGGUGGCUAGAGUAUCCUUCACAGGUGGUCGAUCGAAAUCGCGUUUCAACAGCCCUGCCCUGUCCAGUUCAAUGGCUUUUUUUUUAUCCGCCCCGGCGAGCCCCAGUGUCUCGAAACUUCCCUGGCCCAUUACGAAGAACCCGUAACCAUGAAGAUGAAAUGGAUGCGUUAGCGUUACUCCUGAGGGGGAAAAUAUGCUCAAUUAUUUGUUCAACAUCGGUUAUCGUCAUUGAGAUUUGUUGCUGAAAAGUUUAUGGUAAUUUUCGUUCAAAUAAAAUCAAACGAAAUACUCGGUCCGUUGGACUGCACACUUGGGGGCAAAAUAAUGGAAAAUUUGGGUGAAUGUUGGCGCUGUUGAUAUUACCUUCGUCAAUCAUAACGAUUUCUACAACACUAUUCAAUGGAAUAUCGAUAAUAUGAGAGCAGAAACACGGUUUGUCUCUCUCACAAACGGUGGGUAGUUGGUCGCCCCUGCAGAUCCUCUCCGGCGGUACGUCACGCAUUUGAGUUAGAUAGGGAGAGGCUGGGAAUUCAUUGGAGAAAUUCUGGAGCAUGGCAACAAAAGCGCCGAGAUCUCCGAUCGGCACUGAUAACAAUCGAAUCGGUGAAUUUUUAGAAAAAAUCACGAAUUUUCCAUAAACGGGUAACUAGAGAGAUUAACAUCAGCAUAAUUUACUUUCAUAAUUUUGAUAAGUAUUUGGUUCGAACAGGUCUUCAGUCCUGUACUGCUGUAUUGUGAAGGGAAUGUAGAAAGUUAUAUCAGCCUCCUUUUGCAGAAUCCUUUCAUUCACUGGCUCUGCGUUCUGCAGGUUCUUCACGCAGACCAUAUUCUCCGUUGAGUUCUCACACACUUGAUUGACGGCAUUAAAAACCUACAUAAUUACGGAAUAAUUACGGAACACUCAGGGGUGAUGGAUUCAUUUUUUAGAGUAAAAACUUUACCACUCCUAAUGGCAAAGGCCGAUCGUACGUCAGUCGUUCCCCUUCAGGUUCCCUCAGCUGUGAGCCAGAGUAACGGAGGAUCGCGUACUGGACGACUUUUCGGUCUUCACAGGCACCCCGACCUCUGACUUGAAUCCAGUAAGAUCGCGGUUCCUGAGUCGUGGUGAGGACAAAGUCGUAGCGUUCGGCUG